GGGGGACGGGGAGAUGGAUAAACUGACCAUCAUCUCAGGAUGUCUCUUUUUGGCCGCGGAUAUCUUCGCCAUUGCCAGCAUCGCCAACCCCGACUGGAUCAACACCGGGGAGUCCGCCGCAGGUAGCAUUUUCAUUUCACAUCCAUCUACCCUGGAAAUCUUGGAACAUCUUGACAUCUGCCCUGCUGCUGCUCUUCCCUUCCCAUCUGGAACAGCAUCAUUUUCUGGACCAGAGACCAUGGGAGCACUCACUGUGGGCCUUGUACGGCAGUGUCAAACGAUCCAUGGACGUGACAGGACAUGUAUCCCUCCCCGGCUUCCCCCUGAAUGGGUUACCACGUUAUUUUUCAUCAUCAUGGGAAUCAUUUCAUUGACUGUCACAUGUGGCUUGCUGGUGGCUUCCCAUUGGCGAAGAGAAGCUACAAAAUAUGCGCGUUGGAUAGCAUUCACUGGAAUGAUCCUUUUCUGUAUGGCUGCCCUAAUAUUUCCAAUAGGAUUUUACAUCAAUGAAGUUGGAGGUCAACCUUAUAAACUGCCCAACAAUACAGUAGUUGGGUCUUCAUAUGUACUAUUUGUCUUAUCAAUUUUCUUUACAAUAGUGGGACUUCUAUUUGCUGGCAAAGUUUGUUUACCUGGCUGAUGAAUGUCUAAACUGCUUGACUUCUUUUUUGGGAAAGAUGGAGGGUGGGGAAGACGAAGGCAAGGCAUCUGAGCAGUCCUGUUCGCAGGAGGAUGCUUAGAUGAAGCUGUCUGUUACUGAAAAGAGAAAUGUGUUGACUCGUUCUCACUAUGCACUUUGGAUUAAAAUGGAGAGCCUUUUCCAUAACCAAAUACAGACAACAUUGACUAAAUCUCCUGAGCAUAUUCAGGCAGUCAGGUCUGCACUGUGAUAGCAACCUAGUGAAGAAGAAUGCUUUAUAUUGAAAAGCAUAUGGCCCUAAAUGACUGUACCGUUCCGUUUUUGUCUGAUUAAUUUUUUAAGUAUUUAUGAACUAAUGGUGGACCAGAUGGUUGCAAGAAAAGUUCAAGUGAGGCUGGCCUCACUUCCUAAGAUAUUAGUGUACAAAACUCCCUUGUAAUAAGAUAAACCUUUGGCCCCCAAAUGAAUUGCUGUUGCAUUACUGCACCAAGAAGCCAAUAGAUCAAAAUGUGUUUGCUAAAAUAUGUGUUGAAAAAAAAUCCUUAAAUUUCCCACUCUCUGUGUUUAAAAAAAAUUUAACAAGAAAAAUUAAGAAAUAUGUUCUUUUGGGGCUGGGGGGAAUCUUCCUUAUAUUUAUAUACAUAUAUAAUAUAUAUAUAUAUAUAUUGCUGAUGCAGUAUACAGUGUGUGUAUGUGUGUAUAUAUACAUAUAUAUAUGUGUAUGUAUAUAUGUCUAUAUACAUAUAUAUACCUACACAAUUCCUGGAAGAGAACUUGGAAUGCUUUGCUAGCAAAACACUGUGGUGUGCAAACCUAGAACUCAAUAGAAAAAGCCAUUUCUCUGAAGGCUGCAGUGUGGAGAGAGUCUUCAGUUUACCUCAUUCUUUGUAGCAGCCCUUGAUUUUAACAGGUUUUUGUAAUAGGUACAAAUAAUCCCAUACUUUUCUAGGUGCAAUUUUAAGUUAAGCUAAAGAUUCUUUGUAUGGUUAAUUUAUUUGUAUAUGAGGGUAAAAAGCAAGAUCAUGUCAUACUUCAAACCCAAAUUUGGGAAAUCUGACACUAUUUAAAUUAUUAUCAGCUGUUGUCUGUUGUACAGAGAUUCUUUUUUCUACUUGCUUUGUAACAUGAAUAAUGAAUUGAUCUAGGUUUAAGCACAGCAAUUCUACAUAAAUACAAAGCUCACUAGUGAAUAUAGGCAGCAGUAUUUUGGUCAUUUACUAAUACUAACUUCAUACUUCCAUAAAAAAUGAGCUUAUAUUGUUCCAUCUCUAAGCAUUAUUAAUUCAUCUCCAUCAAAAACCUGAGCAAUACCUUUUUAUUUUCUAUGCCUUGUUUGCUAAAAGCUAACAUUUUAAAAUGUGCAUUUACUUUAAAGGUUGUCUAAACUCACAACUUAAGUUUCUUCCUAAAAGAGACACUUCAGCUAACCUUAAGCCACAAAUAGUUAUGUCUCUCUUUCCUUCAUUCCCUUCAUUUCUCACUUCCCUCAGUUCACUUUCCCCUUGAAAUUAAUACACUAUAGAUAUUUUCCUCUUUGUAGUGGAUCGGGGCAUUUUUUUGGCAGUAGAGUCAAGUCUUUGAUCUUUAUAGUGAAAUGGCAAACCAAAUAUACCUGUCAAAAGAAUUACAAGCCUAAAUUGUAAUUGCAGAGAGUUUUCUAGAAAGCCACAUUGUAUUUUGAAGUAUACAUGGAGUUAUGUGAUGGAAAUGGGGCCUGGAAGGUAAAGGGGUGGCUCCCUUGUCAGAUAAGAAAACAGAAACUCUAAUGUAGUUCAUAUAUACCUGUUCACCAUUCAUAUACCUCCACUGUUAAUUGACAAAUAUUUUAGUGUUAAAAUAAAUCCCCAGUAUAUCAGCUCGCUUUGGUUUUGAGAAUUCUUGGAGUAUUAUAUCUGUGGAAUAUUUUCCAAAUGUUAAACAGUGAUUUUUUUUUUUCCAUCACUUUAACAAAAAUUCUAAGAGGAAAAAACUUUUUUCUAAAGUAUUAUGUCUAUCCAAUUAUAAAAAUACUACUAGACAUGUUCUCUGGAUGUUUGAUUGCUGGGUCGUUAUGCCAAUUGAGAUUUGGUUGGUCCUCAAAUAAAAUGGGUCACUUUGAAGUGAAGCUUUGGAUAUAACCGUUAUACCACUGAAUAAAGUGUUAGCAAAG